AGUGAAGAUGAGCUGGAGGUCCACGACCUGCUUACUUGCUAGUGUUUAAGGUUGAGCGAGGAUUCUUUCUCUUCUCCUUCUGCUACUAGACCUAGAUCGAUGAACAGUGUAGUUCGCGUUACCCUUACAGAUACAGUCCCUGUUUUCCUCUAGAAAAUAAAGAGAUUGAAUACAUUCAUACACAGACAUAGUAUCCUUCUUCAACAAAGCUGCACACAACUUCUUAACAACGGCCCGACGUGCUGCAAAACAAAAAAAUGAAUGCGACAUCAUCAAAUACGACCGCGACCCGGACUCCCGAAAGCCGGCUGCGGUCCAUGCUGAAAAAGAAGAAUGACCAGCUCGAACAGCGAAAGAAGGAAAACGCGGUGUGCAAGAGUCUCCGGCGAGACGUCCGGGCGAUGUUGCGGGAAUAUGUAAGUGAAUUGCAGGAAGACUAUAUGGAUGAGCAUCUUAGGCCGGGGGAGAGCUCUAAUGAAAAUAUAAAUGCUUCAAGUUGUAGCUCGGACACCGCAUCAGAAGCAGCUGAUCCUGAAUGUAACGAAGCAGUAGAUGCAGAUUUCGACAAGAAAUACCAGGCUGGAAACGAACUUUUGAAGCACUGCUUGCAACAACUGUCACAGAUGAAAACAAGCUCAACCUCAGCUAAAACUUCCGACGCUGCAGCACUUGCGCCUGACAGUAAUAAAGGCAAUGGUACAACCACUAAUGCGAGCGCUGCCGCUGUUCUUGGAUCUAAGGCGGCCAAUAAACCGGCUCCCGCAAAGGACGCCUCGCUAGCUGCCGGUGGUGCUGCUGCAACCUCUUCUCAUCUUGGUGUAAAUGUAAACGGCGGUGCGGCCCCACCUAUCAACAGCGCCGGGGGCGCGUCGCGACAAGUUAGUUCUUCGUCCAGCAUGAGAGGGACUGCUACAGCAAUAACGCAGCAGGACCUAUCAACCGGCGAGCACCAUCCUUUAUCGGCUUCGACCUCUUCCACGAGAGGCUUGCUGACACAGGUGCAUCUAGGUGGACUCGGGACGACUACAGGUGGAGCCACACUUUUCAACACGACAGGUUGCUCCGCCACUGCUGCGUCGCCUGGGCUGUUCUUGCAGCACUCUUCUGGAGGGGGUCUUCACAGUCUGCUGUCUUCCUCCACCGCUCAGUCACCCUUGACCAAGUCUAUUCCCUGAAAAUUUAUAUUUAUAUUUAUCACUCCCAUAGUCCAAUCUGUCAUGCAAAAAAUGAAGAAGAAGAAGAAGACGAAGAGCCUGCUUCAGCUUCUGUCUUGUAAAAAGUGAUAAGUAGGGCCGGGGAAAAAUGAAAAUUUUCAGGGAAUAAGAUCCUCUCUCAAAGGGCAGUCCUUUGUCGCGCCAAAUCUCGGCGCGGCCGCAACGAGCCUGCUCGGCACUCCGAGUUCCCUGCACCAAACUCGGCCGGGCGGGGCGUCGGGAGGUAGUAGUACGUCCUCCGCUGCUUGGCGCCCGCCCUUGCUGAUGACCAGUCCAAUGCAUCGAGUGCAGUCGCCGGGAAUCAGUGUGCAACAUCAACCCGGUGCCGGAACAAGUGGUCACCUGGUGACGACCCCAACUUCAACGUCGAGUCGCUCUCUCUUCAGUUCCGCAGGAGGUGGGAGUGCGAGUACCAUCGCGGGAGGACAGCAAGGCAGUGCAAACCCGAAUUCGCCCUUUUUUUUCCGCAACAAACCGGUCGCCAUUGGGGGUUUCGGGCUUCCCGCAAACACGGUCGGAACACCGAACAGCACAACAACUACGCCAAAUUUGAACUUGCUCGGCGUGGGAGCCGGAGGAACGCCGAGCGGCCCGGGGAAAUAGUGAAGGAAAAAAAAUUAGCCGCUUGCUGCUCUGCUUGAGGCGGGGGCGACAACUUCAACUCACCUGCGUCACUAACACUAUUGAGACCAUAAUCAAAAUCAAGGCUGCCAAAGUCCAACGCUGAGUACUUCUACGAGCAUGCAUGGUACAAAAACGGCAGCACAUUUAUUAAACCGCUUCGCAUUCACCAGUGCAUGUUCGAUCGAUG